AUGCCCAUCGGAACCCUCUACCGCGCCUGGAUCGCACUUACCGGCCUAACCACCAUCGGCGUCGUGAUUCAGUCGUACCAGCUCGCCUCGCACAACGGCGUCAAGAUCGCCUCGCCCGCAGUUGGCCUCGCGCUCUCCGGCGGCGCUCUGAGCGGCAUCGUGAACCACGUCUGUCACCUCGAGGAGCUCUCCACGCUUGGCCUCCGCGAGGCCGGCGAGAACCUGCUGAUCUCCACCAUCUCUGCCGGCGCGGUCGCUCACAACCUGUGGACGAAUGGCGAGAAGCUGUGGGUGCCUCCGCUCGACAAGUAUGCCAGCGCCAACGCAAGCGCGCUCCGGCACCUCGAGCCCCCGGCGGACAACUACGGCCUGCAGGACGCCGGCCGUCUCUUCGACCUUCCGCGCGUCGCCCAGUGUGCCUCAUGCAUCGCAAUCUCCGAGGAGGCGACCACCGAUGGCGGCGUCGAGGCGGCGGGGCCGGAGGAGACGGCGGCAGCGGUUCGCUCGUGCGAGCAAUGGUGUGCGACCUUUGGUGACGCCUUCCUGCCGUGCCUCGUGUCGGGCAACCCGCUGUGGGCGUGCUUCAUCGACCACUUCUCGGCUUACUACGGGUUCGACGGCUUCUCCGCCUCCGCCGGCCCCUCGCCCAUCACCACCGGCGCUGCGCUGGUUGACCUCUCGGCCGUCCCCACCGAGGCGCUCGACGCAGGCGUGCCACUCCACCCCACCCCGGGCGUAAUCGACAAGAGUGCGAUGAUCUACGCGGACAUCCCGGCCGGCCGCGGCGGCGCCGGCUCUUCCCACGUCGCCAACGACAACUUCAAGCUCCUGGCCCACGGGAUCUUUGCGCACGGUCCCUUCUUCCAGCCGCAAGCUUAUAACGCGCACCGCGUGCUCUCGGACGCGGCUGCCUCCUCGUUCCUUGGCUCGCCAUACCAGCUGCGGCAGCACGACGGCCGCCUCUGCUCGACCGAGCUCAACUCGCUCACAGGGCUCGAGCCCGGGUCGCUCGAGAGUACGGCGGUGCAGAUGUUCUAUCAGUCGCAGAUGCGGCUCCGCGGCUGGUGGGUCUCGCCGCCGUCGGACGCCUUCUUCCGGCCCGCGAAGGCCGCGCUGCUCGAUGGCGCUUUAAUCGACAACUCGGGCAUCGUCGGGCUGCUCCGCCGCGGCGUGCCAAACGUGCUCGCAAUGUGGUCGACCAGCGGCGCCGGCAUCGAGCGCAGCAGCCUCGCGCACCUCUUUGGUGUCAACCCGGGCCCCACGCCAGCCGUCGGCGACAACCACUGCUUCAGCCUCUGGCCGCGGCUGCCAAAUGGGACGCUGCAGGUCUUUGACGAGGCGCUGUGGCCUUCCGUCCGCGCGGCGCUCAACGACCCCUCGGCAGGCAACUCGAUCCUGCUGCGCGGUGUGGCGGUGCGCGCCAAUGCGUACCUCGGGACGAGUCCGUACACGCUGGAGGCGCUCUACCUGCAGGGCCAGGAGCCGCUCGCCUCGCUGUCUGAGGCCCUCCCGAACUGGGCGGCGGGCCCUGACCCCAUCCUCCCAGCCAUGACGGCGGCCGACUUCCCCUACCUCAACGCGGUUCGGCGGAACGCCGACGUGCUGCGCACCCUCCUCGCAAAGGCGAGCGAGUGA